AAGUCCAGGGUCGGCGCAGGAUAGGAGAGGAGCAAUGGAAGCUGCCCAGUUUACAUGUCUGUUUCUCCUAUUUCUCCUCACGUGUCAUCGGGCCCAAGAAGUUGCUGAAGAAGUUGAGAACUCCUCAGAUGGUCCUGGUGCUGCCCAGGAACCUGUGUGGCUCCCAGAUGUCCCAGCUGCCAUGGAGUACAUCACCGCUGCAGAAGUGGCUGUCAUAGGUUUCUUCCAGGAUUUAGAAAUACCAGCAGUACCCAUCUUCCGUAGCAUGGUGCAGAAACAUCAAGACGUGUCCUUUGGAAUCAGCAAUGAUUCCGAGGUUCUGAGCCACUACAGCAUCACUGGGAACAGCAUCUCCCUCUUCCGUCUGGUGGAUAAUGAACAACUGGAUUUAGAGGAUGAAGUCAUUGAAAGCAUUGAUGCCACCAAAUUAAGCCAUUUCAUCGAGAUCAACAGCCUUUACUUGGUGACAGAGUACAACCCUGCGACGGUGAUUGGCCUGUUCAACAGCAAGAUUCAGAUUCAUCUCCUCCUGAUGAUGAACAAGGCCUCCCCAGAGUACGGAGAGAGUUUGCACAGAUACAAGAGGGCAGCGCGGCUCUUCCAGGGAAAGAUUCUCUUUAUCCUCGUGGACAGUGGUAUGAAGGAAAAUGGGAAGGUGAUAUCGUUUUUCAAACUAAAAAAGUCUCAACUUCCAGCUUUGGCAAUUUACCAAACUGUAGAUGACCAGUGGGAUACCCUGCCCAUAGCAGAAGUUUCAGUAGAGGAUGUGCAAAACUUUUGUGAUGGAUUCCUCCAAGGGAAAUUGUUGAGAGAAACUCGUGAAUCAGAAGAAAAGACCCCAAAGGUGGAACUCUGA